UCAUCGACAUGGCCUGCAAGCUGAUCGUCCUCGCCGCCCUCGUGGCUGUGGCCCGCGCCGGCUACCUGGGUGCCCCUGCGGUCUACGCCCCCGGCGCCCCCAUCGCCGCCCGCGCCUACGCCACCCCCGUGGCGUACGCCGCCCCCGCCGUGAGAGCCGCCCCCGUCGCCGUCGCCGCCCCCGCCGCUGUGGCCGCCGCCGAGUACGACCCCCACCCCCAGUACAACUACGCUUACAGCGUGCAGGACGCCCUCACCGGUGACUCCAAGAACCAGCAAGAGAUCCGCGACGGUGACGUCGUCCAGGGCAGCUACAGCCUGGUCGAGCCCGACGGCUCCAUCCGCACCGUCGACUACACCGCCGACCCCGUCAACGGCUUCAACGCCGUCGUGCACAGGGAGGCCGCUGCCCAUCCCGCCCCCGUCGUCGCCAAGGUGGCCGCCCCCGUCGCCUACGCCGCCCCCGCCGCUCCUCUGGCUGCCCGCGCCUACGCCGCCCCCGUGGCGUACGCUGCCCCCGCACUCCGUGCUGCCCCUGUGGCGUACGCCGCCCCUGCGCUGCGUGCCGCCCCCCUGGCCGUCGCCCCCGCCGUGAGGGCCGCCCCCGUCGCCGUCGCUGCCCCCGCCGCAGUGGCCGCCGAGUACGACCCCAACCCCCAGUACAGCUACGCCUACAACGUGCAGGACGCCCUCACCGGUGACUCCAAGGCUCAACAGGAGACCCGCAACGGAGACGUCGUCCAGGGCAGCUACAGCCUGGUCGAGCCCGACGGUUCCAUCCGCACCGUCGACUACACCGCCGACCCCGUCAACGGCUUCAACGCCGUCGUGCACAAGGAGGCCGGAGCUCAUCCCGCCCCCGUCGUCGCCAAGGUCGCCGCCCCCGUCGCGUACGCCGCCCCCGCCAUCGCUAAGGUCGCUGCUCCCCUUGCCUACGCCGCCCCCGCCUACGGCAAGGCUAUCCUGGGUUAAGUUACGUGAGUAACUUCGCAGGCAAACGAUACUGAAAGAAUGAUGCGUGCAAAUUCUUGUAUUUAUUGUGUGUAAAUGUGUUCUGAUCAGUAUUUUAUACGCAACAAAUAAAAACUGUUGACACAAUA